GGCGGCGGCAAGAUGGCGCUGCGGCCGGCGGGGCUGGGGGCCGGGACCGCCCCCGCCGUUGCUGCGGGCGUCGCGGCCGGGCCGCCGGGGGUGGCGAGCGCAGCGGGCGGCGGCGCCGGAGGAGCGGCAGCAGCAGCAGGAAGCCCCGGGCCCGCCAGCUUUGUUUUCCCUGUAGCUGGUGGUCUCGGCCCGCAAGGGAUGAUUCCCAUGCAGCAGCAAAGCUUCCCAAUGGUGUCUGUCAUGCAGCCCAACAUGCAGGGCAUGAUGGGAAUGAAUUAUGGCUCUCAGAUGCCUCCUGGAACGAUGACUGUGCAGGGUGGCAUGCCUCUGGGUCCAAUGCCAACAGCAGGGAUGCCUUAUAUGGGACAAAGUCCCUUCCUUGGAAUGCGUCCAGCAGCUCCCCAGUAUACCCCUGAUAUGCGGAAGCAGUUUGUUGAAGAGCAGCAGAAACGAUUUGAACACCAGCAGAAGGUUUUGGAAGAACAAAGAAAGAGACGUCAGUUUGAAGAACAGAAGCAAAAGCUAAGGCUUUUAAGCAGUGUGAAGCCAAAGAUGGGUGAAAAAAGCAGAGAUGAUGCCCUGGAAGCCAUUAAAGGGAACCUGGAUGGGUUUUCCAGAGAUGCUAAACUCCAUCCCACGCCAACGGCUCAUCCCAAAAAUGCAGAUCAUCCCACACCAUUUCAUUCUACUGUGUCUGUCUCCCAAACUACUGCCUUUCUUGACGACGAGGAGUUUAGUGACUUUAUUCAGGGACCUGUCGAAACCCCACCAUUCAUGCCUCCAAUCUCUUCCCAGCCUUUUCGGUCUUGUCAUCCUGCUUCUCAGGCUGGGCAGUGGCUUUCAGAGAAGGCUGUGGCCCACGCUCUCCCUCCAGUCCAGUUUCCUGUAACCUCCAUCCUCCAGGGUACUCUGGGACCAGUACCCUAUUUCUCUCCUUCUCCAGCUUCACAAAACACUCAGAAAACAGGCGUUGGGGUUUUUCCUUCACAGGAUCCAAUCCACCAAAUGAUGCCUCCGUGGAUUUACAGUGAUAAUUUAGUUCCAGACCUUUAUAAGAAGAUUCUAGAAACCACCAUGACGCCAUCCGGGAUAGAUACUGGCAAACUCUAUCCAGUUCUGAUGUCGUCUGGGCUUCCCAGAGAAACUCUUGGGCAAAUCUGGGCCUUAGCCAAUCGCACCACUCCAGGGAAGCUGACAAAAGAAGAACUCUACGCCGUUUUAGCUAUGAUCGCGCUAACUCAGAGAGGAGUUCCAGCCAUAAGCCCUGAAGGUUUAAACCAAUUUCCCUCUGCCCCCAUUCCUACCUUAAGUGGGCUUCAGAUGGCCAUCCCGGUCACAGUGAGCCAACAGCCUUUGAUGCCUCCUGGGCCACCAGUUUCCAUGCCUCUUAGUAUAGGACCAGCAGUGGUGGGGACCAACAUGGCAGCACCAGUGGGUGGAGCCACCACACAGGUUUCCAGCAGUUUCAUGCAACCUUUCCCUGCAAACCAGGUUGCAAAAGCAGACGAUGACGACUUCCAGGAAUUCCAGGAUGCUUCUAAGUCGGGGGGACUUGAUGAUACCUUUACAGAUUUUCAAGGGGAAGCACCUGGAUCAAACAAAACGUUGGCAGCCCAGCAGCAGAGCAGUGCUCCUUCAAUGCUGAUACCCCUUUCGGGCCCCAAGAUGACAUCUGCUGUGGAUAAAUACGCUGUUUUUAAAGGGAUUGCAUCGGACAAGCCUGCUGAAGAUUAUGGAGAUAAAUACAGUGCUUUUCGGGAACUGGAGCAGCCAUCUGAAAGUAAAUCCAUAGGAGACAGCUUUGCAGAUUUCAAAUCCCCAGGAAUGGACGACGGCUUCACUGACUUCAAAACCGCGGACAGCCUCUCUCCACUAGACCCACCAACAAAGGACAAACAGUUUCCUCCGGCCUUCUCUUCUCUUCCUAUACAGUCAAAGCAACAAUCUCAAGCAAAGCCUUCUCUGAAUUUGGUAGACCUGGAUCUGUUUUCCUCAGCCUCCCCUGGAGAGAGCCAGUCCACUCUCUUUCCAGCUGUGUACAGUUCCCCCAAACCAGCCCCUUUUGCUGCACCACCUCAUGCAAUAUCUGCCACCACCACUCUGCCAAUGCCAGGCAGCAGCUCAGCCCUGGCCAGCGACUUCGCCGACUUCAACCUGUUUGGAGGGUUGUCGAGUUGUACUUCGGCUACCACUCAGGAUGAAUUUGCGGACUUCAUGGCUUUCAGCAACAACGCUGUCUCUCCGGAGCAGCAACUGGACAAUAAAUACAGUGCCCUCAAGCAAGAUGCCAACUCCGUUCCCUCAGCCGGCUCCUUAGUCAGUGCCGUGAAGAACGGGCAGAGUCCUGCUUCCAACAAAUAUGACAUCUUCAAGCAGCUGUCUCUGGACAGCCCCGGGCUGGGAUUUGAGGAACUAAAAGACCAUACCCCUUCAUCGGUUAAGAGCGAAGACGACUUUGCUGAUUUCCACUCAAGCAAGUUUUCCUCCAGCUCAGAAAAAUCCCUUGUCGACAAACUGGCUGCUUUCAAGCACGCCAAGGAGGAUUCGGCUUCUGUCAAGUCUCUUGACCUCCCAUCCAUUGGGGGCAGCAGCGUGGGCAAGGAGGAUUCUGAAGAUGCCCUCUCUGUCCAGUUUGACAUGAAACUGGCAGAUGUGGGAGGAGACCUUAAGCAUGUCCUGUCUGAUAGCUCUCUGGAUUUACCAACCGUUGGUGGUCAACAUCCACCAGCAGCAGAUCUUGAUGACUUGAAGUGUGCCCCCUUCGGAAGUUAUAGCAAUGGCUCCGUUCUGAGUAGCUUUCCAAGCUAUGACUGGUCUGAUAAAGAAGAUGCCUGUCAGAGCAGAAAGUCUAUCCCCUUCUCCCUUCCUGCAGGAAAUGGAGCCUCCUUAGCUACCUCUGUUCUCCAGAAGAAGGAGACAUUUUUUGGCAGCUCUGAAAAUAUCACAGUGACCACCGUUUCCAAGGUAACAACCUUUGCUAAUGAGGAUGCUCUGCAAGAUGUGAAGUUCUCAUCCUUUGCAAACGUCAGAGAUUCCAGUCCUCACUCCAUGGAUCAAAGCGAUGAUGACGUUGAAGACUUUGGAGAGUUCGCCAGACCACUGGGCAAUGGCUGUGAGAGGCCAGCCGCAGGCGGACCUCAAGAGGCUGACUCUGCCCCUGUUUCCUUAGAAGCCAGACAAGAGGUUCUUGAUGACUUUGGCGAGUUUCAGAGUGAAAAACCAAAGAUCAGCAAAUUUGACUUUUUUGUGGCAACUUCCCAAGGGAAAAUGAAAUCCAGUGAAGAAAUGAUCAAAAGCGAGCUGGCAACUUUUGACCUCUCUGUUCAAGGUUCUCACAAACGGACCCUAAGUUUGGGCUCCUCACCUCUGCCACCUCUGGAGCAGCCCUUUAGAGAUAGGUCAAACACUCUGAGUGAGAAGCCUUCACUGCCGGUCAUCCGGGACAAGUACAAAGAUCUUACUGGGGAAGUAGAGGAAAGUGAGAGAUAUGCCUAUGAAUGGCAGAGAUGCUUGGAAAGUGCAUUGCAAGUCAUCAAGAAAGCAAAUGACAUCCUGAACGGAAUCAGCAGUUCUUCUGUGUGCACUGAAGUCAUCCAAUCUGUGCAAGGCAUGGAAUAUUUAUUAGGGGUUGUUGAAGUUUAUCGAGUCACCAAGCGAGUUGAGCUGGGUAUCAAAGCAACAGCAGUCUGCAGUGAGAAGCUUCAGUUGCUACUGAAGGAUAUUGAUAAAGUGUGGAACAACCUGAUAGGAUUUAUGUCCCUUGCAGCGUUAACGCCUGAUGAAAACUCACUGGAUUUCUCCUCCUGUAUGCUUCGCCCAGGAAUUAAAAAUGCUCAGGAACUGGCUUGCGGGGUGUGCCUCUUAAAUGUAAACUCUAGAAGCAAGAAAGAAGAAAUGCCUCUGGAAGAACAGCCUAGAGAAGCCUUUAACUCUGAAACGGACAGCUUCAAGCUUGCUUAUGGAGGGCAUCAGUACCACGCCAGCUGUGCUAACUUCUGGAUCAACUGCGUGGAGCCCAAACCUCCUGGCCUACUGUUGCCUGACCUCCUUUAAGCAGACUGUUCUUGCCCGGCCUUUGGUCUUAAUAGGGGAGCAAUACGCUGGAGCGGGGCACUGGGGGAACUUGAGAAGCAAAUGUGAAACUGUGCUUCAGGUGCUCAGGGUGCUUCUAAAAUGUUCAUCCUAGGCUAGCUAUUCUCUUGUAAAGGGUGAAGCCACUGUUUUUUUUUUAAUCUGCAAGAGCCUCACAAAGACAUUGGCCAGGAUUUGGAGACAGACUCUGACUUUUUGGGUGAUUUUGCACUAAGGCACAAGGUCUUCUUGAGCGGAACCAGACCCACACUGUCUUUCAGGUGUGGCAAAGCACUGAUUCUUUUUGCUAAAGCUAGUGGUAUUUUCCUCAAAGGAGUGACUUCUGUCUCAAAUAUCGCAAGGCCUGAAAGAGCGAGGUUUCAUUUGCUUUUUAGCACGCACGCCCUUUUAAAACCGAAAUAGCUCUGGUGGCUUUUCCUUAUUUUUCUCCUGAAAAGGAACUCUCAACUUUGUAGGGUUCCUAAAGAGCCCACUGAUCAUUUCUUGAUCGGGAUUAUCCCUGCUAAAGAAAUUCUCUGGAAUAGAUGGAUAUAUCUGUUUUCUCCCUCUCUCUCUCUCUCUCUCUCACACACACACACACACACCCUUGCAUCCCCAUGUGUACCAGCCUCCCCCCCCACCACCACCCCUGCCUUGCCUUGCCACAUGAACAAGAUCCCCAGUUGGGUGGAGAGAUCCAGUCACGCUUGACUUCUGUCCUUAACUCUUUUUCAGAACUAUUGUUCACUUUUUUUGUGGGGCCCAGCCACGGAAGUGCCGUGGCACCUUAAAACCAGCUUACAUUUAUUACAGUGCAGGCCCUUCUGUUGGCCUGUGGUCCCUCAUUGUUUUCCAGUAGGAAAAGCGCAGGUAGGAAGCGGUGAUGGAGGGAGGGGAGAAUCACCUAGUGUGCAGUCGCAUGUUCUCUUAGAUGGCAUUAAUACUGUACAGGAUUGUUAGUUGCCAAACGGGAUUGGCAGAGACAUUCUGCAGACCUGUUGUGGAAACGCUUUUCACGCAUCCUCAGGCUGUGGAGGGGCGGGGAAUCCUCUUUGCCCCACUUCCAGGCCAAAGUUGAUAUUUUGGUCGCCGCCUCGGCAGGACGAUGAUCUGCAGCGAAGCAAAACACCGCUGCCUGUUUCCCUCUUUCCUACUUCCAGCCGUGGCGCUGAAAUUGAACGGGGCCUUUUUAAAAAUCAGGUUUAAUGAAGCAAGAGUCAUAAUUAUAACUCUGAACCAUGACUCAUCUCCCCUGUUUAGAAACUGGCUUACAGGUUGAUAAUGCUUUGAUCGGUGGGGUGGGGGUGGGGAGGGGUCGGUCAGAGAUAAGCUUUGCAUCUUUUUCUCCGCUGUCUGACGUUCAGCCAUAGCUGGCAAGCAGAUGGUGUUCUCUGUUGACCCGAAAUACGCAACGGCCCAGCCGUUAACCCCGGCUCCCACCGCUCGCCACUCUGAUGACUUUCCUCUUCCCUCCGGGAGAGUUUGUUUCUGUGCAGAAGGCUUUGAAAGAGCCUCUCCCGGCCUCCGAGGGCUGCCUUUGCCCCACUUUGGCCAACGUGAGAAUCAGACCUGCAGAAACCGCCCCGGUGUUGUCGGGGCCUGGCGGCCAGGGGUCGGCCAAGCCCAGGUCUUUCCCAGCGCGGUGCUUCAGAGCUGAGGAAAGGCCUGGCAAUCAAGGAUCUUCCCCCACCCGGCACCCAAGCUAAAAAAAAAACAAACAGGAAAAGGUCAAAUGAAUUUUUGGCAGGGGGAGAUUGCAGCAUGGGAUUUUGACUCCUGUGGAGUAAGGAGCAUUUGAGUUGCUCUUUUCUUUUUCUUUUUAAGGAGGUGCCCCCACCGUAAGCCGAUCAAGAAUCACUCUCUCGAGUUCACUUCCACGUGGUUGGGUCUUACCUGGGUCUGGCGAGGCGUGGUUGGAGAGGGGUUCUCUCAGCCCCUUCGGGGUACAUUCAGACAACACACAUGCUCCUCGGUUGGCACGGGGUCCCCCUCCUGUGGGGGCUUUCACCGCAUCUCCCAAAGCCAAAGGAGAACGUGCUUAUGUGUAAUGAAGCUCUGGCCACGGGGCCCGUGUAGCUGCUCGCCCACGAGUGGGUGGCCCUGGUUCUCCUAAGAUCCCACGACUGAGUUUUCUUUCGCUUUGCUCAGUUCCUGCAGCGUGUGACCUAUUUCUCUUUAUGUAGACCCAAAACUGUUAAGCCCCUGCAGCAUUUGAAAGCAAAUCUCCCCCCAAAUGGGCCUAAAAUUUCAUCCCUAAGCCCCUCCCCUCAAGGAUGGGACUACAUCCCCACCAUAUCCCUAGCAGCCCUUGGAGACUGGAAAUUAUUAUACUGGCCAGAAUGGAAUGUCCACCCUUCUAAUCAAGUGGGGUGGCUCAGAUUCUCCCUUGGUGCUGUAGCACAAACAGUACUCGCCUCUUGGAAAUUUCUCACAUCAGAGCCAACGUCCUUCCCUCCCUCCCUCCCUCCCCCAAAAAUUCACUACUUCCCAACAGGUUCACCCAGGUAGCAAAGUUUGGCUCUUCACCACCGAGGUUCCUGUGGGGAAAUUGUGAAGUGUGUUGGCAGAUCCAACCAGCAUAUAUCCUGGGCAGGAAAAUAAGCUCCAGGCUUGCUGAAAGGGGCCAAUUUGCAGCUAGCGGGAAAAGGAGGGACUGCAAUAAACACGCUCUUCCAGAAGAGCGUUCACGUGUGUAAUGGAGAAAAGCUGAAGCCGUUUUAGCUGCGGCUGGGACAGUCACAGAAGGCUGCUCCAAGUUGCUCCUCGACUUCUUACACAGAUCUUUUCUCUAGGUCAGUGUUCUUCCAACGUGGCCGCUUUAAGAUGUGUGGACCGACUCCCAGAAUUCCCCAGCCAGCCACGGGGAAUUCUUGGAGUUGAAGUCCACACAUCUUAAAGCGGCCACGUUGGAAGAACACUGCUCCAAGGCAUUGUUUGCAUUGGGAGCGGCGGAGAGGGCAAAGGGACUUGGGGUGCUCCAGUUGGAUUACAGGCACAUUUAUUGAACUGUGACUGUGAAGACCCCAGACAGGUAACAGGAAGUCAGGGUUACUAGCAUAGCAAAAGAUCUCCCAGAGAAAAGCAAGCAUGAAAGAAAAGAGGUGGGAAAGAUGACAAAACAAGAAAACUCUCUCGCUUUGUGGGGAUUGUGCAUGUGUGCGCACACGCACGCGCACACACGUUGCACUGGGCCAGGCUACUAACGCGGCCUUCCUCAUUCAGCCCUCCGCCCCCGUGUCCUUGGAAACUGUAUCCAAGGUUACGGUAUUUUCUCAGACCUCAUUAUGUUCUCUUCUUGCUUCAAGUCCAGGUUUGCAACUGGGAGAAGGGUGGUUUGGUUCGUUUGUGGGGUUUUUUUUUAAACCCAGGGUCUGUUUUUUGUACUUCUACAGAAAUCAUUUUGCUUAAACCCACACAGCCCUCUACUUUGGGGGGAAGGCAGAAGGCCCUGUCGGUACGUGGUGAACGGUUGUUUCUUUUUUCAGGCUGCCACGUAUCUUCCGCGCCGUCUGUAGCCGGCCAGUCUUUCCAAUCCGGAUCUAAACUGCGGCUACCCUUUGCACCCAUUCUCAAGGGGGACUUCAGCACCGCUCUUCCCCAAUUUCCUUGACUCGGUACGAACCCCAGCCUAAUUCCUUACGGCUGUGCCUUGAAAACACUGGAGUCAGACGUGCUUGUUGUGACCUAAUUUUGAGGGCGGGGGGGGGGGAACAAGCCACUUUUAAGCCUUGGAUCCAUUCCUGGGAUAAAAGCACAAGCGUCAUGUUGGACCAAUGGGCUCCCUCCGUCCAAACCGUGAAGGACAGGAAGGGGGUGCCGAACCCUGAUGGCCUGCAGCCCGCCUGAGAGGGCCAGCUGCUUGGGAGCCAACGCAUUUCCCAUGCCUUGUGAGUGCUGGAGGGGGCUGCGCGUCAUCUGUGCAGAGCCCGACGCCAAGCAGGCCUUCCAGAGGGGCCUCAGGCUCUUCCAUAGUAGACUUCCUUCCACUUCUGCUGUAGAAGUGGGAGAAGGCAGCCCGACAGGGACGUCGUCGCCUGACCCUCCUGGAAAAACAGCUGAAGUUUUCUGCGUUUAAGUCCGUGCCAUUUGGAGCUGCGCUCACGGAAGGCUCAUGUAUCUCCCCAUUGGGUUGAUCCCCUAUUUUCUCAUACGUUUUGAGAUUUGCAACACGGUGGGAAAUAGUUUGAGCCAGAAGAGGGGAAUUAACGCUUCCUUGGCCAGCCUUGUGGCAAAUACAGAAUGGCAAAAGAGAUGAGAAACCUCAAACUCCAUGUAUGUCCAGUUCUAUUCAUUGCGUGCAAACAGCAUACGCUAUAGAAUUGUGUAGACUAUAGACUCAGAUGGAUGCCACUCCACCUUCCCUAAAGCAAAACGAAAUAAAGCUGCUAUUUGUGUUUGACUUGUAUAGGCCCUAGGUUCCCUGCUCUGUUGUUUAAUUUUCUCUUUUGAGAUUUUUUUUUUUUAAAGGGCCACUUGCUUGAAAACAGCUGCUGUAUCUCAAGCAAACUCUUUUUAACACGUCUGAUCCUUUGGUAGCCUCCAAAAUGGUGUUUGUGGUUAGCAUGACUGUAUUGUAAUGUCUUGCUUGACUUUGCUAUGCGGUGGUGUUGAUACUUUUAAAAACUGAGAAUGAUCGUUUUAUUUAUAACUAUUUAUAUAUACAUGCAGAGACACAUAUAUAAAUAAAAUACACAGAGAGAGAGAAAUACACUUUCCUUCAUGACCUAUAUUCUCUAUUGAUUUCUGUUAAGUUUUCAAACCCUCAAUAAAGUGCUGUUUCCUCUC